UCCGGUUUCAAUCAUGUCUUCCGUUUCCACUAUUUCACUCAGAUGCAAUUUGAUUAUUUAUUUAUGCAUCCCAUUGUUUGUCGGUGAUCAAGUGCGGUGUCUUUAAUGUUUAUUGUGAAAUGAUUGAUUAAAAACAGCAACAAUGCCGGAAAACGGCAACGGCGUUGACCCUGUGGACCAGGGGACAAUUGUCAUGCUGACCUUGAUCUUUCUCAUGGGGGCCACCGCCUCCUUCUGGUUCGCGUGUAACUGGUUUGUGAAGCGGCGCCGGAAGAAAGGUGGCGAGGAGGAGCGAAGGACGGCCGCCAAGACGCGCCUAAAACAGACGUUUUCGCGGUUCUCACAGGUCGACGAGGAGUUGACCAUACAAAUAGACAAGUCGGAUGAAGAAAUUUUAAAAGAGUUCUCGUCAAACAACCGACCAUCACUUAUAAGCCCUGCCAGAAAGGGGGAGAAAUCUACGUCAAGAGACAGCAGACAGACGGACAAGAAAUAUCUGGAGACGGACUUGUGAUUUUGAUCCAUGUGUACUCGUGUUUCAUUCAUUCAUGUCAUAUACGUUUGCAAACAUAUUGUUUAUGACAUGUCUCCACAAUAGUAUAAUUGUAAUGAGCAAAAUAAAGCAAAUUUUCACGCGUUCUCACACUUGCAGGCAUGUUGUAUAUAGAGUUCCUUAUAUAGACAAUGACAUUAGUAUUUGUCUGACGUAAAAAGACAAAACAACUGCCUUUCUUAGGAAGUACUCUUAAUACUAUAUGGGACGCUGUAUAUACGUCAUCAUAAUCAUUCCACCAAUAUGCAAUUACGCAUACAUGUGCUAUGCUAAGUGACUGAUAUUUAAGAGCUACAAGUAUAGUCUACCAUUGCAGCUCUUGAACUUUGAAGCAAUUCAUAGGAUUGAUGUCACUUACGUAAACACGGAUAUAAUUAGUGUACAUACUAUUGGUAUGAUCUUUAUCGCAUAUAUUUGCAUUAGCCAAUAACAUCUAGAUUUGUAUAUUAUGUUCAAAGUUCAAUUAAAAAGCGCUUAAAGUA